AUGGUUAUGCUUUCUAGCUCCCCAUCUUUACCCCCAAGAGUUGUUCAGUUGGUGUUAUUGGUCGUCUUUGGCCUUCUCUUCAUUCAUACGCGAUGGCUAUCACAGUCUCGAGAGGACAGGAUCGGCCUCAACCAUCGUGAAAUUGCCAUCGACGGCCCGGUACCGGAAGAGCAAUACUUGGACCGGCUGACACGACAGAUCGGUCUCUCGAAUUACACAUCAUGGACCGCAUGGAAAAUACGAAUCUCGGAGCAGGACUCUGAGUGGACGUCACUCACGAGCAUUGACGCAGACUUUCAUUCAAACCAACCUAGAGUUGUCGACGUGCGCGAACCUGUCCGUCGAGACUUGGUUGCGAACCAGGAGCUCACCAUCCCUGUCCCCGGAGGUCCUCGCCCUGGACAGGUCGACGCCUCGGAUUUCUUGUUCGCUGUCUCAACUAGCUUUGAGCGCGUCGCCAGGGAUGACUACGCCGUGGUCAAGGACUGGGCUCGUUGGAUGACGGGAGGAAAUCAACACGGAAACGGAGCGAGCUUUGUGCUUAUGCUUGAUCAGGCCGAUAGCCUGCAGGUCAAGGAGCUCAACAACGUCCUACAUACUUUCGGUAUCGACGCCUAUGUCACCACGUCUACAAACCCAAUGUCGGCUGCGAGGAGAUACUUUAGCAUGAUCGAGGCUAUCAAAGGAUUCGGUGCUAAGCUUACGCAAAACGGCCAGAGGAAGAAGUGGUACGGCAUUCUCGACGAGGAGAUCUUCCUACCCAACCUGUCAUAUCUCCAGGAACGCCUGUUUGCCUUCAACUCUGAUAAGGAGCUCUACAUUGGACUUCCAAGCGAGAGGGGAGAUUGGGCUAUCGGAGAGGGCUUCAUGACCACCUAUGGAGGUGGUGCCGUCUUUCUUACACGAUCUGCUAUAUCGCGUAUCCCACAACUGCCUUGCUUCGGUGACAGCGCCGAUAACCCGACAGACAAGAAGCGAUGGGACGGUGUUCUCCAAGAAUGCUUGACACAGCACACCAGAAUGAGGAUGCAUAUCCUCCCCAGCUUCUACUCGCCCAGCCACAAUGACGAGUAUACAGCCCACAUUGACAGCUACGAGACAGGCGUUCAGCCCCUGGCGCUGCACGACUACGAAGAGAGGCACCACCUCACUCCUAGCCUGGCACACCUCGUUACCGAUGUCUGCGGUGAGGCAUGUUUCCUGCAGCGCUACCGCUUUCGUGACAACUGGGUACUGGUCAAUGGCUAUACCAUCACCGAGUACCCAGAUGGCAUGAACCUGGCAGACAUGCCACUCUCCAUGGUAGGAAGGUCAGCCGAAGCGAGACGCAAGUCUGUCAUCGGCCCAGUCAAACUGGACGAAGACCCGACAGACCGAAAGAUGCUGUUCUGGACUGGGAGACGUAACGUCUGGAAGCUGAUGGACUCGGCAAUGACCAAGGAAGGAGACGUAUGGCAAGCGUACGUCAAGAGGGGCGCAGUGGAUGAUGCGAUGUCGCGCAAGAGGUCCGUGGAGGACGUGACCGACUCGGUGAUUGUGCUGAUCUGGGAAUCGGCCGCUUCUGCUGCGCCAUGA